GGAGGUAGAAGCCAACAGCUUCCAUCGAGUCGCGAAGUCGUCACCUCCUCUACCUCCUCUUCUACCUCCCCCUCUACCUCCUCCUCUACCUCCUCCUCUACCUCCUCCACCUCCUCAAUUGCCUCGCGACAUCAACGACCCUCCCACAGCAGCAGCGGAAUCAGCAACAACGACGUCAACACCCGCCACUGAGGCCUACACCGCCAUGCAGCCUGCGGUCUCUGCCCAAGCCGCGUCGCAUUCUGCGGGGGAGAUUCAGGCGAGGGGCGGUGGCUGCGGCGAGGAGGAGGAGGAGGAGGAUGAAGCGAUGCAGUUGCUGACCAUCGUAACCGGCGAUCUCAUCUCCGGCUACGUGGCUCACCUGACGCAGCAGACGGAGCAGCAGCAGCAGCCUGUGCAGCAGCAGCAGCAGGGGCUGCAGCAGGGGCUGCAGCAGCAGCUGCAGCAGCAGCUUCAGCAGUUGCAGGAGCAGCUCCCGGCGGUGCAGCAACAUCUCCUGCUGUCGCAGCAGCAGCAGCAGCAGUGGAUGGAGAAGCUCUGGCAGCAGCAAUUCCAGCACAUGCAGCAGGUGCAGGAGCAGCUCCAGCAGGUGCAGCGGCAACAGGAGCUUGUGCAGCAGCUGCAGCAGCAGGAGCAGCUCCUGGAUGUGCAGCAGCAGCAGCUGCUGCAGGAGCUGCAGAAGAAGUAUCAGCUCCAGGAGGUGCAGCUGAUGCGUCGGUUCAAGCAGCUGCACCAAAUGCAGCAGGAGCAUUUCCAGCAGUUGCAGCAGUUCAAGGAGUGGCAGGAGCUGCAGCGGCAGGCGCGGCAAAUACAGCGGCAGCUGCGGGAGGUGCGCUCGCUGCUCCAGACCUCCCGGCGGCUGGUGCGGAUGCGUGUGGAGCUUCUGCAGGAGGCGCUCGACAUCCGAGGAGACGCGUUGCUGGCGGAGUUCGAAGCCUCCAUCCCAGACUUUGUGAGGCGCGCGGAGGAGCUGGCGAAGCAAGUGGACCCGCGCCGGCUGGUCAUGACCCUGGCCUGGCAGGUUCUCACCGCGGGGCCCAUGAGCUGGGGCUGCGUGCUGUCCAUGGUGGUGUUUUGCGCGCUGCUCGUCAAGAACCUGAGGGCCUCCGGUCGUCUGGGCGACUCGGAGGAGACUUGGCCCUUGACGGACGCGGUGGCCGCUGUGCUGUUGACCACACGCAAGACCUGGCUCAUGGAACAGGGAGGCUGGGAGGGCUUCCUGCGAGCGUUCGGGCCGGGGACGCCCACCUAGGAGAGGAGCCGCAGACGCCGAGCUCCGAUGGGCGGCGAUUGUGGAGACAAGAAGAGAGAGACAGAGAGAGACAGAGAGAGAGACAGAGAGAGAGAGACAGAGAGAGAGACAGAGAGAGAGACAGAGCGAGACGGAGAGACAGAGACUUUUGACUUUUUACACAACUUUUAUUGCCGCCAGGAGCAACAGCACUGGAGGCGAUUCCGAUAUGAAAUACAGUCACCAGCAAACAAACGAAUAAACGCUGUAAAUCCACACGCCGUGGCGCUAAAUGCAGCGCAACACGAAAGAAAAGUCACGUGGUGGUUGUUGUUGUGGUGGUGGUUGUGGUGGUGGUGGUCAUCUCGCACGCCACGGUGACGAGAGAGCGCCUCAGAAGAGAGAGAACGGCCAUCACCAAGCCAUGUCAAUUUUUUACU